GGUUAAAUGAGUGCUGAUAAAUCGCCAUUUCCCCCCUACAUUUGUUUUCUAGUUAAGAUAUUCCUUAAACACUUAACGAUUUCUAGAAGUUGGAAGAGAACUAUCCUUAAGUCUCUUUUGAAGCGAAAUUUUUAAGUGUUUUUGCAGUUAAGACGUGACACUGUGGACUGCAGUUACCUGAAAUCGUUGAGCGAUCUGUUGAGGGAUCGAAUACGUCCAUCAAACCACGUGACCCACAGCCUUUAGUUGCUUGGGACAACGCUGGACUGUUUGUAGCUGCUGGUGGUUCUUUUUGUCUGGGAACUGUUCAACAGCAUGGGUGGCGAAAAGCAGGAUAAAAAUGGAAGCAGGAAAACCAAGACGAGGAGGCUUGAAGAUGAUGAUGAUGAUAAUGACCAGUACAGUGGCAACGUGACCAAGAGUAAAAAAACACUGAAGAAAACAAGCAAAGUUGACAAGAGACCUAAAAGUGAAGAAAAAGAAAAACCGCUUAAGAAGGGGGAGACCCCAGAAAUUGAGGUCUUUGACAUCAAAAAGGAGAACUUUGAGAGAGCUCUUGGCCAACCCAAGUCUGAAGAUGGUGACUUCCAGGUGUGGGAGAAGGGGAAGAAGAAACGGAAGGAUGAUGACUUCCGGGUGGAGGUGAAGAGGAGCGGUCGGAAGAGACGGCGCGAGAGUGAGCGGCCGGAGGGGACCUCCGACUUGGCAGAGGGACACACGGCGGAAAAGAGUAGGAAAGUGAAGAGGGAGGAAGAGGAACAGGUGGAUCAGGCUCCUGAAAUGAAGAGGAAAAAGGAAGCGAAGGAUGAAAUCGACAUGGAGGCCAAGACAGAAAAUGAGGGGCAUGCAGUGUCUGUAAAGAGGAAAAAGACUAAAGAGGAGUUGCAGGCUGCGAAGGCUCUGAAGACGAAGAAGAAGGAAGAGGAGGAGCAGCGGCGAUGGCGUUGGUGGGAGGAAGAGAAGUACCCGGAUGGAAUCAAGUGGAAGUACCUGGAGCACAAGGGGCCCUACUUCCCCCCAGAAUAUCAGCCCCUCCCUGACGACGUUCAGUUCUUCUACAACGGAAAAGUGGUGAAGCUCAGCCCUGCCGCUGAGGAAGUGGCCCUCUUCUUCGCUCAGAUGCUGGACCAUGAGUAUACAACCAAGGAUGUGUUUCGCAACAACUUCUUCAAAGACUGGAGGAAGGAGAUGAGUCAUGAGGAGAGGCAGCUGAUAACCGACCUGGAGAAGUGUGACUUCGGAGCGCUCUUCCAGAUGCACAAGGACAAGGUGGAGGCCCGUCGCAAUAUGAGCAAAGAGGAGAAGCAGAUCAUCAAGGAGGCCAAUCAGAAGAUAGUGGAAGAGUUCGGCUACUGCGUUCUCGACAGCCACCGUGAGCGCAUCGGCAACUUCAAGAUUGAGCCGCCGGGCCUGUUCCGUGGCCGAGGGGAGCACCCCAAGCAGGGCAUGCUCAAGAAGAGGAUCAGGCCAGAAGACGUCAUCAUCAACUGCAGCAAGGACUCCCGCAUCCCCGAGCCUCCCAUGGGUCACCAAUGGAAGGAGGUCCGGCAUGACAACACGGUGACGUGGCUGGCCAGCUGGGCGGAGAACGUGCAGGGGUCAUGCAAGUACAUCAUGCUGAACGCCAACUCCAAGCUGAAGGUCCCCCAGGGUGAGAAGGACUGGGAGAAGUACGAGGUGGCCCGGAAGCUCAAGAGCUGUGUGGAUUCGAUCCGCUCCCAGUACCAGCAGGACCUGAAGUCCAAGCAGAUGAAAACACGGCAGCGGGCCGUGGCGCUCUACUUCAUCGACAAGCUGGCCCUGAGAGCAGGUAACGAGAAGGAGGAGGGAGAGACAGCGGACACGGUGGGCUGCUGCUCGCUGCGCGUGGAGCACAUCACUCUCCACGAGCGGCUGGACGGCGCCCAGCACGUGGUGGAGUUCGACUUCCUGGGUAAAGACUGCAUCCGCUACUAUAACAAGGUGCCCGUCGCCAAGAAGGUCUUCAAAAAUCUGAAGCUUUUCAUGGAGAAUAAACGGGAGGGAGAUGACCUGUUUGACCGUCUCAGCACUUCAGAGUUGAACAAGCAUCUCAGCUCUCUGAUGCUCGGGUUGACGGCCAAGGUGUUUCGAACCUUCAACGCCUCCAUCACCCUGCAGCAGCAGCUACGCGAGCUCUCAAACGCGUCGGACAAUCAAGCCCAGAAACUGCUCUGCUACAACAGGGCGAAUCGCGCGGUUGCAGUUCUCUGCAACCACCAGCGGGCGCCGCCAAAGACCUUCGAGCAGUCCAUGGCCAAUCUGCAGGCCAAGAUUGACAGCAGGAAGGAGCAGCUGGCACAGGCCAAGAGUGAGCUGAAGCAGGCGAAGAAGGAAGCCAAGGAGAACCCAGAUAAGAAGCUGCUGACUGUGGAGGAGAAGAGGAGGAGGGCGGUUCAAAGAUGUGAGGAGCAGUUGUUGAGGAUGGAGGUGCAGGCCACCGACAGGGAAGAGAAUAAGCAGAUAGCCCUGAGCACGUCCAAGCUCAACUACCUGGACCCACGCAUCAGCGUUGCCUGGUGCAAGAACAUGGACGUGCCCUUGGAGAAGAUCUAUAACAAAACUCAGAGAGACAAGUUUGCCUGGGCUGUGGACAUGACUGAGGCUGACUUUGAGUUCUGAAGGCUGGUUUGUGUGUCCAGUGAUCACAUUUUCCAUGCACGAUACACCGUUCCCAGUUUUAUUGCAUUUUUAUUUAUUUUUAAACAUUUUCAUCAAUAUUUUAUAGUAUGAAAAUAUUCCUUCUUAAAUUUCUAAUAAAGUCUGUUAUUGAAGUCAUGAA